GGCUGAAGCUGCUCCCUUUGCCACAUUAUAACUAGUUGGGGAUCCUCACCUACCAUGGCCACAGCUGCCUCGAAUCCCUACAGCAUUCUCAGUUCCAGCUCUCUGGUCCAUGCGGACUCUGCGGGCAUGCAGCAGGGGAGUCCUUUCCGAAACCCUCAGAAACUUCUCCAAAGUGAUUACUUGCAAGGAGUUCCUAGCAAUGGGCAUCCCCUCGGGCAUCAUUGGGUGACCAGUCUGAGCGACGGAGGCCCAUGGUCUUCCACACUGGCCACCAGCCCCCUGGAACAGCAAGACGUGAAGCCUGGGCGCGAAGAUCUACAGUUGGGCGCAAUCAUCCAUCACCGCUCGCCGCACGUCGCCCACCACUCUCCGCACACUAACCACCCAAAUGCCUGGGGGGCGAGCCCCGCUCCGAAUCCGUCCAUCACGUCGAGCGGCCAACCCCUUAACGUGUACUCGCAGCCGGGCUUCACGGUGAGCGGCAUGCUGGAGCAUGGGGGGCUCACUCCACCGCCGGCCUCUGCCUCCGCACAGAGCUUACACCCAGUGCUCCGCGAACCCCCAGACCACGGCGACCUAGGCUCACACCACUGCCAGGAUCACUCGGAUGAGGAGACACCAACCUCGGAUGAGUUGGAACAGUUCGCUAAACAGUUCAAACAAAGAAGAAUCAAGUUGGGCUUCACGCAGGCUGACGUGGGGCUGGCGCUGGGCACCCUGUACGGCAACGUGUUCUCGCAGACUACCAUCUGCAGGUUCGAGGCCUUACAACUGAGCUUCAAGAACAUGUGCAAGCUGAAGCCGCUGCUGAACAAGUGGCUGGAGGAGGCUGAUUCGUCCACAGGGAGCCCGACCAGCAUUGACAAGAUUGCGGCUCAGGGCCGCAAGCGCAAGAAGCGAACCUCUAUCGAGGUGAGUGUCAAGGGCGUACUGGAGACGCAUUUCCUCAAAUGUCCCAAGCCUGCCGCGCAGGAGAUUUCCUCCCUGGCAGACAGCCUCCAGUUGGAGAAAGAAGUAGUGCGUGUCUGGUUCUGUAAUCGAAGACAGAAAGAGAAAAGAAUGACUCCACCAGGGGAUCAGCAGCCACAUGAGGUUUAUUCGCACACGGUGAAAACAGACACGUCCUGCCACGAUCUUUGACUGCAGGAAGCGAGGAAGCGGUCGGCCGCACUGGGAGCAGCGCGGAUUUCUUUCUCUUACACUCUCUUCUUUUCACUCCAGCUUUAUUAUUGCUAUCUCUAUAGAGCGCUCUAUCUUUUUUGUUCGUUCUUUCUCUCCC